AGGAGGAGGAGGCGGAGGCAAAUCGCAGUGCUGCAGCCGCAGCUCGGGGGGCUCAGGUGGGACAAGGGGACACACACAGCGCUGUUCCUGCUCUUCAGUGAUAUUCCCAGCCCUGUGCAAUAUUCCCAGCCCUGUGCAAUAUUCCCAGCUCCUGGAUAACAUUCCCAGCUCCCGGAUAACAUUCCCAGCCCGGUUCCGGCUCUUGUGCCGGGAAGGCAGCAGCGUUCCCGGACAGCACUGCGGGAUGGAGCGCUCCGUUAAUGGUUAACGGCACCGCCAGCCCUGCUGAAGGACAGUGAGCCCCAAAAUCAUCUUUUUUAUUAUUAUAAUUAUUAUUAUGCUGCCGUCUCCUGGACCAGUGGCAUCCCUGCUCUCCUGCUUUCUGCACAGCACCCAGAGGCUGCCCCGGACCUGAUUUUCCGCAGCGUUUUUGCUGGGGUGGAUGGAAGGCUCCCAUCAAGGUUGUUUACGCAGGAAAUGCAUCCCUGAGGAGCUGCAAGGCUGAAAUCCCCUCCUGGGAGCUGCUGCCUCCUGCUUUGGCUUGGAGCUGCCUAAAGAACAUCCCAGGAAAUGCAGGAGCCCUGCACCUAACAGGCAGCUCUGCCCUCUGCAAUGGCACUGGGAAGGAGGCACCAUUCCAGCAUGAAAUCCAGUGCAUACCAAAUUUUGAGCUUCAAGGAUAAAGACUUCAUGUAAUUGCUGUGGGAUUUAGGACUGCUACACUCUCAUUCUUCUGACUGUUCAACAAGGCAAAGAUGAUCUGAAUGUUUAAUUGGACUAUGAUAAGAAGACAGGAGCUGGGAGUAAAAGAUGAACCCACUUCACGCAAAGAAAUCCAGAUUUUUAGUGUGUGUUGCUGCCUGCAUGUCCAUCUACACCUUCAUUUACCUAAUGGUUCCACUUUAUGAUGAGUCAGAUGAGCAAAAAUUCCAGGUCAAAAGAGCAGAGUGUGGUUUUUACCCCGAUGAACUUUGCUCUGCUCUUUUUGUGGGGAAACCUGCAGCCUCUAAAAUUGGAAACUUUUGUCAGAAGGCCUACCAGCCCAAAGCCCUCAGCUGCAUUCAGACUUCCUGCAGCUGCUCCACAGUGCUGAAGACUCUGCAUUUUAUCACCAGCCCACUGUCAGAGGAAGAAGGAAAUUUCUCCUUGGCAUACAUUAUUACAAUUCACAAGGAGCUGGAAAUGUUUGUGAGGCUGCUAAGAGCUAUUUAUAUGCCUCAGAAUAUUUACUGCAUCCACAUUGAUGAAAAGUCACCCAGAGGUUAUAAAACUGCUGUACAGAACAUCGUUAACUGCUUUGAAAAUAUUUUUAUUUCCUCCAAAAGAGAACACGUUGUUUAUGCAGGGUUUUCAAGAUUACAAGCUGACAUUAAUUGCAUGAGAGACCUCGUUAACUCCAAAGUUCAGUGGAAUUAUGUUAUUAAUCUGUGUGGCCAAGAUUACCCCCUGAAAACAAAUAAAGAAAUCAUAGAAUAUAUCAGAACCAAGUGGAACGGGAAGAACAUCACCCCUGGGAUAGUGCAGCCCCUGCACGUGAAGCACAGGACAGAGGUCAGCUACAGGGAGUUUGUGCACUCGGGGGUGCCCUACGUGUACCCAGCCAAGGUCAGGAAGGCUCAGCCCCCACACAACCUCACCAUCUAUUUUGGCAGUGCCUAUUACAUCCUCAGCAGGGCCUUUGUGCACUUCACCCUCAGUGAUGCCCGGGCUAAAGCUCUGCUGGAGUGGUCCAGGGACACCUACAGCCCCGAUGAGCACUACUGGGUCACCCUCAAUCGAUUACCUGAUGCUCCAGGGGCUACACCCAAUGCAGGCUGGGAUGGAGACCUAAGAGCCAUUAAAUGGAAAGAUCAAGAAGGGCUCUCACACAAAGGCUGCAAAGGUUAUUACGUCAGAGACAUCUGCAUUUACGGCCUGGGGGACCUGCAGUGGAUUAUUGAGUCCCCCCACCUGUUUGCCAACAAGUUUGAGGCCGGCAGGGACCCACUGGCCCUGGAGUGCCUGGAGCGGCGGCUGCGGCUGAAAUCGCUGCGCCAGGCACAGGUGCCCAUCGAGCAGCACUGGCGCCUGCAGGAGCACAGCCCCUUCAACAUGCAGCUGGAUGUGUGAGCACAGCCCCUUGGACAUGCAGCUGGAUGUGUGAGCCACCCCUUGGACAUGCAGCUGGAUGUGUGAGCCAGCUCCUUCACAACAUGCAGCUGGAUGUGUGAGGUGUGAGCCAGCCCUUCAACAUGCAGCUGGGUGUGUGAGCACAGCCCCUUCCACAUGCAGCUGGAUGUGUGAGCCAGCCCCUUGGACAUGCAGCUGGAUGUGUGAGCACAGCCCCUCAACAUGCAGCUGGAUGUGUGAGCCAGCCCUUCAACAUGCAGCUGGAUGUGUGAGCCAGCCCUUGGACAUGCAGCUGGAUGUGUGAGCCA